GUUUUGUUUGUUUGCGACCACCAUGUCGCAGUGUCUGCACACAACUGAUGGUUUUAUUAAAAGCACGUUUGGUCCUCGUGUAGCCGUGUUAUGCAGCCAAGAUGCCGAGAUCAUCAGCAAGAGAAACAAUUUGUCUUUUGCCGAGCUUAUUCGACCAUUCUGCUCAAUCAACAACGAAAUUCACGUACGUGAUCCCAUGAAUCAAGUUUUCACAAUUCAUGAUUUAAGAAUCACAGUUUGUGAUGUACGCAGUAGUCAACCGGAUGAAAACAUGGUAAAACAAAUGUUAUCUGAUGCCAUAACGGACGCAACAGCAGAAGCUGAAAGCUCCCAAACUAUGAACAUACAAUGUAACAACUAUUCAAUCUCUAUUAAUGUGGCUUGUCCAUGGUUUGAUGCAUACAGGGAAAUGUUAAUGUCGACUGCUCCACCAAUGCAGCAUGAGUUUAUCAGCUACUGCACCUCAUGCUUGCUGGUUGUUUCUUCUUUACACCCAAACCCUAUUGAGGAAUUUGCGAACCUUAGCAAACAUCAAAACCAUUUGCAACAUAAUGCUAAGGGUGAGACAAACUUAAGAUGGAUGACACCAAACACCUUAAAAUAUUACGUCUUACUCCAUGAUGUCUCUCAAGCCGAUGAGCAAAAAGCGAAAAAGGUUCUGGCAGAUUUGCAAUCUAUGUACGGGAACAACGCUUGUUAUUUGCUGAAAAUAAACUCAAAGGUGUCUACUGAUUAUCAGAAUAUACCAGAUCCUUGGAGCAGGUUUUUAAACCGGAAAUCAAAACAGAAUCCGUCAUCUAAUGGAAUUGAUAUUGGGCCAAACCUAUCACCACCAAACGACUUGAACAUUGAAACAUCAACAGUAGUGCACCCCGAUGACCAAAAAUGGAUGAAAGAUUUGAAACACACAGUUCCAACACAGGAAAGUGGGUAUGGCUGUUGCUUAACAUUAGCAGAUCAUGAUAAUUUGAGGAAUUUCUUGUUCGACUUUGCAUCACAUGGCCUCAUUCCACAUAUGGAGAAAACUAUUCGAAACUUUAGUGAACAAAUAGCAUCAAGGAAAGGCAUUCAUAGAUCUUUGUUUCGUGCAACAAAAACUUUUUUUGGUGGUGGAAAGACGGUAAGUGCUCCUGCUUUAAAGAGUUAUGGCAUGGGAAGUUCUGAAUCGCCAGAGCUCCAAGUCAGAAAGAUUGCCGACCUUUAUUUCUUAUGCCAGAUGUAUGAGAAUGCUUACCAACACUAUCAUGCUGCUAAGAAAGACUUCUCUAAUGACCAGGCUUGGUUACAUGCAGCAGGUGCUUCAGAAAUGGCUGCUCUUUCUAAUUUCAUGCAGACUAGGUCUCAAAGAGCCUACCCAAGCCAUUAUGUGGAAUCAGCAAUUGAUACUUACUCUGUCACAUGCAGCAACGAUUAUUUAUCUCUUCGUUGCGCUCUGGUCAGUUUAGAAUGUCUCCGGCAACGGGGAAUGUAUUCUGAAGCCGCCUCUCAACUUCUUAAGUUAGUAAAUGAGGCAGAUGAUCUUAAGAGUGCUAUUUUACUCGAACAAAUUGCUCAGUGCUUCCUUAGAACACAAAGGCCUCUUGUCCGAAAGUUUGCGUUUCAUAUUGUUUUAGCUGGCCACAGGUAUGGUAAAGCUCUACAGAGGCAAUGUGCAUUGUUGUGUUAUAACUCAGCCUUGCAAGUCUAUAGAGGAAGUGGUUGGAGACUGGCAGAAGAUCAUAUCAACUUUACAAUUGGGCGGCAGUCGUUUAACCUCCAGCAGUUAGACAUUGCUUCUUAUUCAUUUGAACAUCUUGUUAAAGAUUCGCAACAACACCCAUCCCAGCAAGCAUUUUUCAUGAACGAAUACUUGCAUGUGUCGAGCAGAUAUAAAAACACAACAAAUGCUAUUAUAGAGCAUGUGUUACCGAAACUUCACCUUGAACAAACUGUGGCGCGUGAUUCACCAUGCACAGUGGAAAAAAAUAAGCAGUUUGAGUUUCUGGAAUCUUCUGUAAAAACAGUUGCUAAAUCUGCAAGUACUCAGUUUAGUGAACAAGAUGGGAAAUUUGAGUGUGUGGUGCAUGAGACUGUGUGGGUUGAUAUCUGCAUGGAAAACCCACUGAAAAUUGCUCUCUCUAUCACAGAUGCAUCUCUAUCUGUUGAGUUUGAGCCAAUUGAAUCUUUACCAGAAGCUGACAUUGGCUGGUCAGCUGUGCCGUUGGAAGAAGUGAUUUUACCAAAGCAGUCGCAAAAAAUUGUUUCCUUCCCUAUUAAAACCUACUGUACUGGCACCAUAAGUGUUGUAGGGAUUGAAUAUAAACUUGGCAUUGCUGAAAUUAGUGGCGUUCCGCAAACUAAUGUGUCAAGUGCAGAGUUAGAAGGUCGGCAACUGUUUUUCCCGCAAAAGCAGAAUUUACAAAUAAAAGUCUGCGCUCCAAUGCCCAAGUUGGAAAUGAUUUUCGAGGAAUUUCCAACAAAAUUACUCAACGGUGAAAUCAAGUCGACAAAACUCACUUUGAAAAAUGUGGGUCAAACCAACAUGCAAAAUGUAAAAGUGGCGUGUGAUCCUUCAGUCAAGUGCCUGUUUACCAAUCAUAAUACGGAUUUCCAAUCUUGCAAAAAGCACUUUCUUUUACAUGAGCAACAUCCCACACAAGGUGUAGCUUUUGUGCAAAGUAUAAUUGAAAGGCAACUUGAAGCAGGUGAACAGAUCGAGCUAACAGCAUGGUUUCAAGGCACCCUCCAAAGUGGAGAACAAACUGUUAACUUACUUUUUUACUACGAGCCAACGAAAGCAGACUCAGACAUGUUGUACAGAGUGAUAAAAUACUCUAACCAGAUUUCUACCACACCUUCUAUAGAUGUCAACACUGUAGUUUUGUGGGAUAAUAGUCAAUCAAACGCGCUGGUUUCUGUUAAUUCUAGCAAUUUAUCCAAAGAAAAUUCAACUGAUUUCACCUUUAAGUGCGUUAUGUCUGGUUCGGAUAAAUGGUGCCUUAAACAAGUCACUAAAACUAUACCACUUCUCAAAUUUCAGCAAUCUGUCAAGCUUUACUUCCAAGCAGUUGAUAAUUCCUUUACACCGCCAUCUACAGAAAGUGAAAAAAGCGAGAUUCAUUUUACAGACCAAAAAGUUAUGGAUGUCCAAAGCCCAGUUCAAGCUUCUUGGACUUUAGUGUCAAAAGAGCAAGAAAUUUUACAGCACAAAGAAAACAAUAAACUGACAGUAGCACUGGAGUGGAGUGUUCAAAAUACAAACCAAACCUGUACUGGGCAACAUUACAUUGAUAUGUCCGAGCUCACUACCGAUGCCACCUCUGCAGCAAGAAUCGGACUUUCAGAAAACUCUGACUUGAUUUUAGAAAACAAUGAAUCACUUGCAGCUUUACAUAAGCUGGUGAGGUGGGAUCUUGAAUUCAAAGCAAUUCAAACGCAUGAUUUUUCUAAGUCUUUCUUGUGCUAUCUUCCAGUUACAAUUCAAAUCCAAAACCUUUAUAAUUGUGACCUUUCUGUAACAGUUGACGGUUUAAACUCAAAUCAAUCGCAAUCCACCACGGGCCCUAUAUUUUUAUGGGUGGGCAAAGCUUUAUCUCAGUUUACAUUAAGCCCUAAAUCUGCCCUCACGAUUUCCAUGACGGCAUGUUUCCCAGUUUCUGGCAUUUUUAACUUAAAUACCUUUAGCGUAUGGGCUGUCCCUGUUCACCUUGGUAACAGCAACCCUAUGUUCCCACAAAAUUGUCAGUAUCCUUGUUACGCCACAAUUCAAGAUAAAAACAGUUCUUCUUAAAAAUUUGCUAAAUUAACAACUUUAUAAUUUGAAGCCAUUUCUUUAAAAAAAAUUAUUUUUUGGCAAAGUGAUUUUUUUUAGAAACUGUACGUUUCGAAACUUUAUAGAUAUUUCCAAAAGCGUCUUAACACAUAGUAGGGGCUUGUGAAUACAGAUUGUGCAAUGCUUUAUGGUUUUAAUUUUUAUAUUUGUGCAAAUUUAUCAACUUAUAUUCAAACAUUGUUUUUUUUGCGUUGAAUCUACUUUAAAUUUAAAAUUUUUCAUGUGUUUUUUUGGUACUUGAUUUGUUGUCAAAUCCAAAUACUUAAUGCAAAUUCCUAAUGUUUGCUAAAUAUAUCGUGAUCGUUAAAAUUUACUGCUCAU